CGUAUCCAUUGCUGUACCCGAAUCGCUAAUCAUCGCUUGUACAUUGCUUCUGCACAGCUCGGCUUUUUUGGUGUAUCGUCUUGACUCAAGAUGCUUUCUAGUGGCCCAAGGAAGAAGAAUUCCGCCAAGUUAUCGUCCUUAGCAUUUGGCCACUCUCCAUUUGCGAUCCAGUCGUCUUCUGCUGUCGUUGUGACCGUAAACACGAUUGCCAAGUCAAAAGCUGCAACCUCGACACUUGCUGCGUCAGCAACCGUUCGGGCCGUGCAAAGCCCAACUCCCUCAGCCUUUUCGUCAUCAUCUCGUCCGACUCCUGAAAAGGAGCCACCGAGACGCAAACGCCCGGCGUCUCAGUCAGAGUUACCAGAAGGACCACGAGCAAAGAAGCAAAAGAGCAAGAAUGCGGCCAAGGAGUCGUCCACUCCGCGCUCUUCGAGAGCCUCCUCAAUCCGUCGGAUUGGUCCUCCUUUUGGUAGUCUCGAGAGACCUAUACCUCGCAUUUGCGUAACUACUGAAGACGGGGCUGUGCCGCAUGUUUCUUCUGAGGAUGUUGUGAUACGCGUAUUAAGAGAACAAACUGUUCCAAAGAAGACGAAGAAAGGUUACAGGGCUUUCUUCCGCAAUCCCUCCGAUCUUAAUGACAAGUCUUUUGAGCCCGAUUCACUGCAGCUACCAAUUGUGGAGUUUCAGUAUCCGAAUCAUGGCGCUUCUGAAAGAUUCCUUUUGCUGUACCCUUGGGAUAAGGAUGAUUACCAACCUGUGAAAGAACUGAUGCGAACAUUGAGUACCAUCGUGGACUGCUAUCUAACUCCCGCCCAGCGAGAGCCAUUUGGGUCAUUAUCCCGCAAUCUUAUAUCAAUCCCUACUGAAGACACUCGCCCUGCUUCGCCAGCAAACCACGGGACACCUUCCGAGCAAUCCACGCCUCUGCUCCGCAUACUGGAACGUGCUUACCACAAGCACGACGGGCCACUCUUUAUAAAGACCAUGAAUGAAGUAUCCUCUCGUCUCGCAACCCUCAAGGAAGAAAUGAUGGAGAAUGCUCGAGCAUGGUUCAAUGCUAACAAAACGGACGAAGAGGCGGAAGAAGGGACGUCGAGCGGCGGUGUCCCUGUGAAAUUGUGGAAAAUGGUUCUAGAGGAGACGUACCAAAGAAGUGUCGGCCCUGAUGUGGAUGAUACCAAGAAAUACAGGUCGUUUAGUAGCGAGACAUACGGCGAGCUAAAUCCUUCGUUUAUAUCUGAUAUUGUCCACCGAUUGGGCUUAAAGCCGGGAAAGGUAUUCGUUGACCUCGGAAGUGGAGUAGGAAAUUGUGUGUUCCAAGCAGCUCUCCAAUCCGGGUGUGAUGCCUAUGGCAUAGAGAUCAAUCACCCCGUGGCAUCUCUCUCCUUCAAACAGAAAGUCGAAUUUACAGCUCGUCUCCGAAUGUGGGGGCUGACAGCAGGAAAGUACGAAGUACUUGAUGGCGAUUUCUGCGAGUCGAAUGAGGUGGCGGAAUGGAUACGGAAAGCGGAUGUGGUAUUGGUUAAUAAUUAUAUUUUCAAUUCUGAGCUAAACGACAGGUUGACAUGGCGAUUCCUUGAUCUGCGGGAUGGAGCUAAAGUGGUCGUCCUCAAACCGUUUUGGCCCUUUAAACGACCGUUAACGGGGAGAACCGCCGAUACACCAGAAGCAGUCCUGACGAACGUCGAGAAACUAGAAUACUUCUCAGACUCUGUGUCAUGGACGAAAGAACCUGGCGACUUUUAUAUAUACACGAAAUCCAGCGUGCGACCAGUCCUAGUUCAAGAAUCCCGAACAAGCUCUCGUGCAAGUUCGCGACUUUCUCGAUGA